CGUUCGACCAAUUCCGUGUGACGUGUAAAAUUUCAUUGACUGUAAAUUUUCAUUGAUUUAGAUAAAAAAUAACUAUAAAUUGUUAACUGAUUGGAUUGAUAUUAUCAUCGCAAGGUGUCUAAAUUAAAAAUGGGCUCAUUCCGCAGAGAAAAAGAAGAUGAAGAAGAGGGACCCACCAACAUUUACCAAAAUUUGGAGAAGACAUCCGUGCUGCAGGAAACACGAGCCUUUAACGACACACCGGUGAAUCCCCGAAAAUGCAUCCACAUCUUGACCAAAAUACUAUACCUGAUCAAUCAGGGAGAACAGCUGGGUACCCGCGAAGCAACCGACUGCUUCUUUGCCAUGACCAAACUAUUCCAAUCUAAGGAUGUGGUCUUGCGCCGCAUGGUUUAUUUGGGUAUUAAGGAGUUGUCUUCGAUUGCCGAGGAUGUCAUUAUUGUUACCAGCUCCUUGACCAAAGAUAUGACCGGCAAGGAGGAUUUAUACCGUGCCGCUGCCAUACGUGCUCUCUGCAGCAUUACUGACAAUACAAUGCUCCAAGCCGUGGAACGUUACAUGAAACAAUGUAUUGUCGAUAAGAACGCUGCCGUUUCCUGUGCAGCUUUGGUCAGUUCAUUGAGAUUGGCCGGUACUGCCGGUGACGUGGUUAAACGCUGGGCCAACGAAGCACAAGAAGCCCUCAACAGUGAUAAUAUAAUGGUGCAAUACCAUGCUUUGGGUUUGCUAUAUCAUAUCCGAAAAUCGGAUCGCUUGGCCGUAACCAAAUUGGUUAAUAAGUUGACACGUAACUCCAUGAAGAGUCCAUACGCUGUUUGUAUGUUGAUUCGCAUUGCCUGUAAACUCAUCGAAGAGGAGGAUAUCUCUGCCGAUGAGAUGUCUGAAUCUCCAAUGUUCACCUUUAUUGAAUCUUGUUUGCGCCAUAAGAGCGAAAUGGUUAUUUACGAAGCUGCCCAUGCCAUUGUCAACUUGAAGAAUACCAAUGCACGUGUCUUGUCGCCAGCAUUCUCCAUUCUACAAUUGUUCUGCAGCUCUCCCAAAGCCACAUUGCGUUUUGCUGCUGUUCGCACUUUAAAUAAAGUUGCCAUGACUCACCCUGCUGCUGUCACCACAUGCAAUUUAGAUUUGGAAGGACUUAUUGCUGACUCAAAUCGCUCAGUGGCCACCCUUGCCAUUACAACACUGUUGAAGACCGGUGCCGAAUCAUCAGUCGAACGUUUGAUGAAACAAAUUUCUUCCUUUGUUGCUGAAAUUUCCGAUGAAUUUAAGGUUGUCGUAGUACAGGCCAUUUGUUCGCUAUGCACAAAAUAUCCUCGCAAACAUACCGUCCUAAUGAACUUCCUCAGCGGAAUGUUGCGUGAAGAAGGUGGUUUGGAAUACAAAACCUCCAUAGUGGACACCAUCAUAACAAUUAUCGAGGAGAAUGCUGAGGCCAAGGAAUCUGGUUUGUCGCAUUUGUGCGAAUUCAUUGAAGAUUGUGAACACGUUUCGUUGGCCGUGCGUAUAUUGCAUCUUUUGGGCAAGGAGGGACCUUUCGCCAAUCAACCAUCCAAGUACAUUCGUUUCAUCUAUAAUCGUGUCAUUUUGGAAAGUCCUAUUGUGAGGGCCGCUGCUGUCACCGCUUUGGCACAAUUUGGCGCCUCAUGUCCCGCCUUGUUGGGUAACAUACUUGUACUAUUGGGUCGUUGUCAAAUGGAUCCUGAUGAUGAAGUGCGUGAUCGUGCCACCUACUACUUGCAUAUUUUGCAAACCGAAAAACCCGAAUUGUAUAAACACUAUAUCAUUGAACGUGAAACCUGUUCAUUGGCAUUGCUUGAGAAGGCAUUGGUUGAACAUUUGAAUGGUGACUGUAAUACCGGUUUUGAUCUGUCUAUUGUGCCUAAAGCUGCUAUUGUCAAGGAGGACAUCAAAGAUGAAGCUAUGUUGGUUACCAAUGCUCCAAGGGCUCCUAAAAUUACACGCGAAGAGGAAAGUGCUGCCCGUUUGGCACAAUUGCCAGGUAUUCAUGCUUUGGGUCCCAUACAUCGUACUGCACCUGCUAUACAACUUACGGAGAGUGAAACUGAAUAUACCGUUUCGUGUAUUAAACAUAUUUUCCCCAAUCAUGUGGUGUUCCAGUUCGACUGUCUCAAUACUUUGGCCGAUCAAUUUUUGGAAAAUGUACGCGUGGAACUGACAAUACCCGAUGGUUUUAUAACUCGUGCAGUUAUACCCUGUCCCAAACUACCAUACAACGAAUUACAAACAACAUUUGUUAUUGUUGAGUUCCCUCAAGAUGUUGGCAGCUCUACAGCUACGUUUGGAGCUACUUUGAGAUUUGUGGUCAAAGAUUGUGAUCCCAAUACCGGAGAACCAGAUUCUGAAGAUGGUUAUGAUGAUGAAUAUAUGCUGGAAGAUAUGGAAAUUACACUUGCUGAUCAAAUACAAAAGACCAAAAAGAGUAAUUUCCAGGCUGUGUGGGAUGCAGCCGAUACAGAAGAAUGGGUUGAAGCUGAAGAUACAUAUUCCUUAUCAGCUGUUAGCACACUACAAGAAGCAGUUAAUACAAUAAUAAAAUUCUUAGGUUUAGGACCCGCCAAUCUCUCCGAAAAAGUACCAGAAGGUGUGGCAACGCACACAUUACUUUGUUCUGGUACAUUUAGAGGUGGUGCCGAGAUUCUAGUACGAGCCAAACUGGCCUUAGCUGAUGGCGUUACCAUGCAGUUAACUGUUCGCACCACUUACCCAGAAGUGGCUGAGUUAGUUACAGCUGCCAUAGGAUAAAAGUAUCCUGACCAACUUCACUCCCCAGGAAGUUUUUCACAAUUAACAUAUACAAUAUUUU